AUGAAAGCAAAUGCAUCAAUACAACUAUACAACCGCUAUAAGAAUAAUGAAUCAGCACUUGAAGUAGCUCGUCAAAAAUUAGUGGAACGUAAACAAAUGCCAAGUCCGAGUCGCCUAUGUGGAUAUCAAUAUGAAAAUGUUUGUUUGGCUGGACAUUUUCUUCAGAAAUGUACAUGUGGGAAACCAGCCCUUGCAGAAUGA